GGCCGCGGCGGAGGUGGGGGAGAGUAGGAAGGAAGCGGCUGCCCGGCAGGCGCAGCAGCUCAGGCGGCGGCCCGGUUCCUGGGAGUGUCUGUGCGGCGCGGUGGUUGGGGUGGAUCCCGCGGGGCCCGGGCUGGGGAAGGAAUCGCCGGCCCGGCCAUGGCGGACAACGAGAAAUUGGACAACCAGCGGCUCAAGAAUUUCAAGAACAAAGGCCGCGACUUGGAGACUAUGAGAAGACAACGAAAUGAAGUUGUAGUUGAAUUAAGGAAGAAUAAAAGAGAUGAACAUCUCUUAAAGAGAAGGAACGUACCACAUGAAGAUAUCUGUGAAGAUUCUGAUAUAGAUGGCGAUUACAGAGUGCAAAAUACCUCUCUAGAAGCUAUUGUUCAAAAUGCUUCAAGUGAUAACCAAGGAAUUCAAUUAAGUGCAGUUCAAGCUGCUAGGAAGCUUUUGUCCAGUGAUCGAAAUCCACCAAUUGAUGACUUAAUAAAAUCUGGAAUAUUGCCUAUUUUAGUCCAUUGUCUUGAAAGAGAUGACAAUCCUUCUUUACAGUUUGAAGCUGCAUGGGCCUUGACAAACAUUGCAUCUGGAACCUCUGAACAAACUCAAGCAGUGGUUCAGUCUAAUGCUGUGCCGCUUUUCUUGAGGCUUCUCCAUUCUCCCCAUCAGAAUGUCUGUGAACAAGCUGUGUGGGCACUGGGAAAUAUCAUAGGUGAUGGACCCCAGUGUAGAGAUUAUGUCAUAAGUCUUGGAGUUGUGAAACCUUUACUUUCAUUCAUAAGUCCAUCCAUUCCUAUAACAUUCUUAAGAAAUGUUACUUGGGUUAUGGUCAAUUUAUGUCGCCACAAAGACCCACCACCACCAAUGGAAACCAUUCAGGAGAUUCUUCCAGCCCUUUGUGUUUUAAUUCAUCACACAGACGUAAAUAUAUUGGUAGAUACAGUCUGGGCCCUGUCUUACCUUACUGAUGCUGGCAAUGAACAGAUACAGAUGGUAAUAGACUCUGGAAUAGUUCCUCAUUUGGUUCCUCUACUCAGCCACCAGGAAGUUAAAGUGCAGACUGCUGCACUUCGAGCUGUGGGCAACAUUGUUACAGGAACUGAUGAGCAAACACAAGUAGUUUUGAAUUGUGAUGCUCUUUCACACUUUCCAGCACUCUUGACACAUCCCAAAGAGAAAAUUAAUAAAGAAGCAGUUUGGUUCCUAUCUAACAUCACUGCAGGAAAUCAGCAGCAGGUUCAGGCUGUAAUUGAUGCCAAUCUUGUACCAAUGAUAAUACACCUUUUGGAUAAGGUAAGAAAAUCAUCUUUUAUCUAUCUGAGUAAGAAGAAGGGUUCUGACAAAUUAUGUGAAUAUAACUUUUCUCUAUUUAGUAUUUUGUUGGGAGAACAAGGUGACACCCAGCCUAAUAUUCUUCAUAAUGAUCCUGAUGCAAGACAUUCAGAUGAUAAUGGACAGAAUCAUCCAGAAGGACAAAUGAACUUCAGUGCAGAUUCUAGCCAACAUAAAGAUGAGAACACAGACAUCGCUGAAAACCUGUACCAGAAAGUUAAAAUUCUUUGUUGGGUUAUGACGGGCCCUCAAAAUCUAGAGAAAAAGGCCAAACAUGUCAAAGCUACAUGGGCCCAACAUUGUAAUAAAGUGUUAUUUAUGAGUUCAGAAGAAAAUAAAGACUUUGUGGGAUUAAAAACCAAAGAAGGUAGAGAUCAACUAUACUGGAAAACAAUUAAAGCUUUUCAGUAUGUUCAUGACCAUUAUUUAGAAGAUGCGGAUUGGUUUAUGAAAGCAGAUGACGAUACAUAUGUCAUACUAGACAAUUUGAGAUGGCUUCUUUCAAAAUAUAGCCCUGAAAAACCCAUUUAUUUUGGGAGAAGAUUUAAGCCCUUUGUAAAGCAGGGUUACAUGAGUGGAGGAGCAGGAUAUGUACUAAGCAAAGAAGCCUUGAAGAGAUUUAUUGAUGCGUUUAAAACAGAAAAAUGUACACAUAGUUCUUCCAUUGAAGACCUAGCACUGGGAAAAUGCAUGGAAGUUAUGAAUGUAGAAGCUGGGGAUUCCAGAGAUACCACAGGAAAAGAAACUUUUCAUCCCUUUGUACUUGGAUGGGAGACAAAAUUUCAAAGUCAUAAUUAUUCUUCUAAAAUAUUGUGGUACACAAAGUUGACCUACAUUUUAUUAUUUCAUGUUUUUAUUCUUCAGGUAGCCUACCUUAUCCAGCAAAAUGUUAUCCCACCUUUUUGCAACUUGUUGACUGUAAAAGAUGCACAAGUUGUACAAGUAGUACUUGAUGGACUAAGUAAUAUAUUAAAAAUGGCUGAAGAUGAGGCAGAAACCAUAGCCAAUCUUAUAGAAGAAUGUGGAGGACUGGAGAAAAUUGAACAACUUCAAAAUCAUGAAAACGAAGACAUCUACAAAUUGGCCUAUGAGAUCAUUGAUCAGUUCUUCUCUUCAGAUGAUAUUGAUGAAGAUCCUAGCAUUGUUCCAGAGGCAAUUCAAGGUGGAACAUUUGGUUUCAAUUCAUCUGCCAAUGUACCAACAGAAGGGUUCCAGUUUUAGAAAGAUGUUGUGGAAGUUAGGUACAAUGCAGCACUGAGAUAUAUAUAUAUAUAUAUAU